AGAUGUUGCUUGCGAGUUGUUUUUUUUAUCUCAGGAGUGCUGCUUCCCCCCUCGCUCCUGAUUCAAAUCAUCACCAUUGUUGCUGAUAAGCAGCAGGCUGGAUAGACAGGGGCUCGACCUGGGCGCCCCUGAUCUAAAUACUCUUAGAUGUUCACACACAGUCAUAUUGGCCCUCUGAAGAAAAGUACAAAAAUGACACCCCUGCACGAGAGCGUCGCCCGCCCACCAGCUUCUGUUCCAGGAAGCAGCCUUUUUUUCAGCUCCACAAGUCGUCGCCGCCGCCGCCGCGUCAGAUCGCUCCCUCGGAGGAAAACUAAAAUCAUGAGCCGGCUGUCGCUGUUGGUGAAGGUGGCGGCCGCGUGUUGCGUCGCCCGCAGUCAGGCGAACGUCGAUGUCGAGUGCCGCAAAGACGUCGGCUUGAGCUGUCUGUGUGGGGAUGGCGCCGAUUUCCUCUUCCUGUCUUGGUACAAGAUGAGUGGGCAGGAAAGGACUUUUAUCAUCAAGGUGGACGGGAGCUGGCGCCAGACCGAGGCCAACCGUUCUCAGCGGGCCACCUUCGGAAAGAACCACAGUCUGCACCUGUCCGCCGUCACGCCCCGGGACUCCGGUACCUACAAGUGCGUUAUCACCGCAAAGGUGGGCGGUCAAAGCAAAGACUGCACCGUCGACCUUUGGGUUCAAGAUUGCGGGGCCACAGCAGCAACGGCGACGAGCGCACUUAACGGCAGUCGACAUGAGGAGGCACUGUCGCUGCCGCUGCCAGUCACGUGGACCGCUCUGGGCUGCUUGGCGGUUGCCUUGGUCAAAGCGCUCGUGUCCUGCAUAAGCAUUGGGGUCUUUGGAGCUCGCUGUGCGUGAUCUCCCGGAGCAGAGACGUGGGCACCGCCAGGACCCGAUUGGGACGUUGGGAUUUUCCACCAAUGUUGUCCAAUUGAAAGUUGGGAAACUGAACCAGAUUUGUCCAAAUAAAUUGUUGCCCAUUGCCUAUCAUG